AUGAGUGUCACCCGUCAACCUUGCGCCAGCAGGGAAUAUUCAGCGCGAAUUAGGGCUCCCCGCAGCGCUGGCGGGCGCGCAGCGGGAGCGAGACGCGCGCAGCCACGCGGCGGCCGGCGGAAGCUCGCAAUCAAUAGACGCCGCGCGAAGACGGAGCGGCGCUGUCGACAGGCGAGCAGCGCUGGGAAAGGCCGAGGUUGCGCGCUCCCGCCAACGGUCGCAGCGCGGUGGUCGGACGGCGCGCGUUGCGCGGACCGCCGUGAAGACUCGGUCGCACGCCUCGAGGACAGCCUCUUGUCUCCGCUCCCCCCUCUCGAUCCUUGUAAGCCCUUCGAGCGCCCGGCGCCCUUUUUGAGCCCUCCGCUCCCUUCGAGCCCCGCCGCCGACGUCGCCAUGGAGAACCCGGAGGCGCCUUCCACGCCGAAGCGCGGCGCCGACGAGACCAGCUACAUCCUCGAAGGCCAAAGGCUGAAUCAACAGUCAGAUGAUGAGAAGUACCAGACCAGUUUACCACUUGCUAGUUUUAACUACAUAAAUUCCAUUAUUGGUAGUGGAGUCAUUGGAAUUCCUUAUGCAUUUCAACAAGCUGGUUUUGGCAUGGGUCUCUUGUUACUCUUUGGAGUGGCUCUCAUCACAGACUAUUCACUCAUACUCAUGGUACGCAGUGGGCACCUGAGUGGUGCUUUCUCCUACCAGGGCCUGAUGCAGGCUGCUUUUGGAAAACCAGGAUUUGUCCUACUUUCAAUUUUGCAGUUUACUUAUCCUUUUAUUGCUAUGGUGAGUUAUAAUGUAGUAGUUGGAGAUACUAUUACAAAGGUACUGACUCGAAUGACAGGAGUGGAAGCAGAUUCUUUACUGGCACGACGUGAAUUUGUUGUUGCUCUAGCUACAAUAUUUAUUACAAUACCUUUGUGUUUAUAUCGAGACAUUGCCAAACUCAGCAAGGUCUCUUUUCUCUCCCUUGUCUUCAUUACAUUUAUGUGUCAUCAUAAUACUUUUUUGGUGUAUGAUUCCAUUGAAAAUGCAAAUCAACAACAAUGGAAUAUUGUUACACACGCCUCUGUCUUAACUUCUUGCUGUGUAACUGUAAUGUUUGGAAUAGCUGGUUAUGCAACAUUUACUGGCUACUCACAAGGUGAUCUCCUUGAAAAUUAUUGCCCUUAUGAUGAUUUGAUGAACAUAUCCAGAGCUGCAUUCAGUAUUACAAUUCUUUUGACUUAUCCAAUAGAAUGUUUUGUGACAAGAGAAGUAAUUGAAAACACAUUUUUCUCUUCACGAGAAAAUGAAGAACAGUCUCCCACCUACCAACAUGUUGCCAUUACUCUGACUCUAGUUUUGACUACUUAUUUCAUUUCUAUGACAACUGAUUGUUUGGGAGUUGUACUUGAAUUAAAUGGUGUACUUGCAGCUGUUCCACUUGCUUAUGUGCUUCCAGCUCUGAGUUAUGUAAAACUUGAAGAAGGCUCUCUGCUAUCUGCUAAGAAGUUGCCUGCCCUCCUCCUUGGUUUAUUUGGUAUGGUAGUAGCUAUAUUGGGUCUAGUCAUGUUAGCUACAAAUUAUGACAGAAUUGAUACAUGUAGUCAUGAGACAAUGAACUACUGUACUAAUAUAACAUAAAUGUACAUAUUUAGACUAACAAGAACAAUAUCCAACUUGUUUCUCAUAUAAAAUUAAAAAUCAGGUAAUUAAUUUAUUGAUCUCCACAAAUGAAUAUUAGAAAUGACCAAAUAACUAAAUAUAUACAGAAAAAGAAAUUCUGACAUACUAUUAAAGGUAUACAUGUUAUAUUGUCUCCAUUUACUUAAUUUAAAUUAUUUUUAAUGUGUGUGGGAAGGAAAUAAACUCUAUAGUAUUAAAUUGAUACAUCUCAAACAGUUUAUUUGAACAAGAUGGUAUAUUUCAAAGACAGAUUUAAAAUAAAUUUAACAUUGAAUACUCUUAAUAAGAUUUUAUUUUUUGCUGAAAGAAAAUAUUCUGAAAUAACUAUUAUUUUGAUGACUUCAAGAAAAUACUUGAAUACUUACGUUCAUCAUUCCACAACAUGGUGUUUAAGAUGUUAUUAUCUGCCAUGGCUUUACGAAUUAAUGUAUGCCAAUAAAUUAUAUUUCAAACAAUUAGUAAUACUGCAAGUAACGUAUUCUAUCAAUUACAAGAUGUAAUGUAAUACCAUUAAUUCCAACUUUCUGACUUCUUUUAAAGUUGUGUGAUGUGGUAAUACUGAAAUAUUGAUGUGGAUAAUAUCGUUUGUCAAGAAGAAAAGGCAAAGUGACAGAAAAAAAUUUUUGGAAAUGUUUCACAAAUAUAAAUAGUUUUAAUAGAUUCAAAGUGCUGAGAAAUUCUUUAUAAAAACCUGUGUCUCAAAAUAUUUGGAAUUAAUUGGAAUUCACAAUCAAAAUAAGUUUUAAAAUAAUAUUGAAUUUUCUCGUCUGGAAUGGUCCUUCUCAUAUUUCUUCAUUGUGUUUGAAUUAAAUGUAUUUCAAUCUCCAGGUAAUAUUUAUUAUCUCAGUAAUAAAGAAUAACUUUGCAAUAGCUUUGCAUUAAUGUUUUUUCUGGAGCACUCAAAUGAGAAUAAGUUCUGAAAAGAAAUGUUUAAUAAAACAGGAAACAAUAUUUGCCAAAUUAUAUACAUGUUAUAAGAGAAAAAAAUUCAGUAUUUCUAUCUCUUCUAAGAUGAUUUUAAGCUAUGGUGGAUUAAAGCUUAUACAGUUUAGGGCCUCUGCUGGUAAUGGGCCCCCUCCAGUAUUUUUAUGCAAAAUUUUAUAUUCAUUUACAGGCAUGUAAAAAAGGUUUUCUACAAAUAUUUCAUUAAUGUCAUAAAUUUAUAUAAUCCAGAUUAUAAAACUUGAAUACCAAUACAUUUAAAAAAUAAUUAGGUAGAAUUAUGGCAAAUUAUUUUUAACUAUUUAAGUGAAUCAGUAUAUGGAAUGUAUCAUAUUAUGCUCAUUUAGAGCCAAAAAAUCACUUUCAGUUGUAAAAUAUAUGCCAUUAUAAUUGCCAGUAGAUUGGACUGCAUGGAAUUAUGUGGUUGCAGUCAGUUAAUUUAUCUUCAUUUUGUAUUGUACAGUGUAAUAAAAAUCAAGAUAUUAUAUAUGAUUAUCAUAAUAGCAUUGAAAACAUGAUAUUUUUUUAAUGCAAAUGGAUAUUUUGAUAUGUUUUGAAUUUUGUUUAGGGAGCCCUGUAGGAUAUUAAUCCUGAUAUUAAGACAAAUUUCUCAAAAUUCAAUGUUUAGUCAAUGUAAACAAAAUGACAGGUUAAAUAAGGGAUUUAGCAAAACCUUAAAUUAUACAUUCCAGUAAUGAUAUUGUUCUAAUGACAAGACUAGAAAAUUUUCUUUCUUAUUCUCCAAACUUGAAAAGCUUGAUAAAUGGCCUCUCUAUUGAUUCAUCCUUUACUCAAUGUGAUUAAAGUAUAUAUUCAUGAUCUCUGUUGUAUAAAUAAUUAUCUAUGGCAAUUGUAACAGAUAUUUGGUAAAGACAAAUUGAAUUUGUGUUCCAUUCCUAAAUAUAAAAUGUGAUAUAAUUUUCUUAGAUGAAUGCAUAAACAAAUGAUUAGCUAUUUUAGUUAAAAAUUCUAUUUGUGAUAUGAUUUUAAAUACUUAUGAAUAUAAAGAUACG